AUUUAAUUUAGGAGUAAUAAUGUCAGAAAAAUCUCCAAACAAGAUAGAAGAGGAAAAGAACUCUACUAUAGAAAUGAAGCAGAGAGUAAGCAAGAAGGUAAACAGGAAGAUAUCGCCGUCUAAGAGGGCUCCCAAGCGAAUCAGGAAAGAGCUUACUAAGGUUAUCUCCCCUCCUCUCCAAGUUUGUAAGGCUAUUGAGACUAUCAAAACUGAGCCUUCUCAGUCAAAAACUCCUCUAAAACAUAAAUCUCUUAGUAAAAAGACUCUUAAGAAAACUGAAAGAAAGAGGCCAGCUAAAUCUGGGGUUCUAAAUAAGCCAAAAAGGCAGAAAAUUAAGGAAGAGAAGGAAGUACUUAGGACAAAGAAAACCAAUGAAGAAGUCAAAGAGAAACCUACCAAGCUAAAACGAGCUAAGAAAGAGGAAGACAAGGAAUCUCAGUUGAAAGCUAAAAAUGUGGGACUGAGAAAAAUGACGAAAGCAUCCCCGAAAAGAUCAAAAAUGGAUGCUAAGAGGAAAAGGAAGGAAAUCAAUGUGAAAUCUAAGCUGGACUCUAGGCUAGUCCAGCCCCAUGAGAUCAAGAAAGCUAUCGAAAGCUCUUGUAUGGCUCAAGAUAAAAUCUUAGACCUCAUCGAUGUCCCUCAAGAGGAGUAUUAUAAAAUAUUUGACCAAAUGAGGGAUAUCUCAAUGACAAUGGUGAGGAAGAUCGAAGCACAUAUCCGGAAAUCAAGGAGCCAGAGAAGAAGGCUAAAGGAGAUGUUCCUCAAGACCCUCAAAAAUCAAGAAAAUCAUUCUAAAGUGAUGUCAAAUAAACCUUCUAAAGGGGGGAAAACAGAGGAUGGUAACAAGAUCAGAAUGAAACUAAGUCACAUCAAGAAGGAAAUUUCUGGAGGAGAGAUGCAUAUUUGUGAUCCUGCUCAUAUGCUUGACGAAAUGGUCUACAUCCCCAAUAAAUCCUCUAGAAAUGAUGUAAUAGAGUAUAAUCCAGUAGAGUUAUCUCUUGAAGACUCUGAUGCAUCAGAGGAAUAUGACGAAUAUCCUUCGAGUUGUAAAGAUCUGACUGUGAGAGGGAGAGCGAUGCCAAUUUACGGGUGUAAAAACUGAGGGAAAAAUCCGUAUUACACUAUUUUAAGCAAGCCGCAUAAGCAUUCCAGGCAUAGAGGAGCUGCUUAUGAAUCGAUUGAAGGGCAACAAUUCAAUUGACUUGGAAUCGAUGAACAAGAGGUUCAUAAGUUCCAUCAUCAAAUUCAUGAAGAUAACAUUUUAUCACACUAUGAUGGAGGGAAUCCUCAAGAUAGGAGUAAUAUGCUGGAUGAAGAGUAUUCAGAUACUUUCAUGGGCGCACAAGAGCUUGGACUGCCCAACAAUCUUGGCAUUGACAAAGAAAUGGAUGAGAACAGUGAAGAGAUCAUUGCUAUCAACGAUACAGAGAAUGAAAUCCUCGUCCCUGAGGCCAUGCAGGUCCAAGGAAUCGGGGAAGGAGAAGAAUGUGAUGAAAUGUAUUAGAAAAGUUUUCCAAACAGACUAGAUUUUAAUUAAUCUAUAGCAACU